GUUGUCAAUUAGGUAGGUACCUAGGUACUUACCUAACUAAUGCCAAUAGUCAUUGCUUACUCGGUCACGCUAUUUGUGUUAGCUGCGCGCUUAAGCAGUAUAACCAGAAACCAGAUGCAUUCUGUGCGACAUCCUUCACUAGUACCGUCUCCAAACCACAAAGUGUAAAGUGGCUCCACUCAGACGCGCUCAGGCAGUUGGGCUAGAAUGGCAGUUGCAGUUGCAGUUGCAGUAACCCGCUGCAUUUUAGUUGUUGUAUGUAUUUCGGUAGCAUUUUGGCCACAAUCCUACCUAUUCAUAUCAUUCGACAUCAUAUCAUGCUUUAGCGCUUUAAAGAAGGCUUAAUCGACGACCCAUUUCCAUAGCUCUUACAUCCAAUUAAUAUUCACAUGAAACACGCUGCUCAUACAAGUUCAUACAAUUCCAUACUUAUCAACCACUAACCAGUAUCGAGUUAAUCGUGUCUUGAAACUAGCUUCAUUGAGUGGGUCAAUGGCUUCGAUAAACGACCUCGCGACAGCCGCGACGAUAGCGUCAUCGGCCGUGGCGUUGCAGUCUUCACCUGCGCGCGAGGGUAGUCAACCCGCGACCCCCCCAGCGGCGCCGCGGUCACCCUCUUCCUCAAGACCUGCAACAGCAAGCGCUCGGACUACUUCGCCCUUGAUGGAUAAGUUCAAGCCAGUGAAUGCGAAUGAGGAUGGGGACUCGAUAACCGUGGCGAUAGGCGCUCCGCCGGUAUUAGUGCCGCCUCAGAUAUCUCAGAAUCCGUCGCAAGCACAAAUCCCGGCUCCGGCUCCGUCUGCUGCCGAGGUUAAGCCUGCAGAAACUGUGGGGGAUGACAGUAUUGAAGAUAAGGAUGCCGUCAAGCGUUCUGCAGGGGACGACAUGGAUGGCAUCGAGAGGGUAGUAGCGCCGCCGUCGAAACCGGUGCGCGGCGCUUUCGUGGUGUUCGAGGGGAUGGAUCGUGCGGGGAAGACGACGCAGGCAAAAUUACUGCAGCAGAGGUGUAUCGAGAGCGGGCGGGGGGUGCGGUUUAUGCGAUUUCCUGAUAGGACGACGCCCAUCGGUAAGAUGAUUGACUCGUAUCUCAAAGGCGAGACGGAAAUUGAAGAUCACGUUAUUCACCUACUGUUUAGUGCUAAUCGAUGGGAAGCUGUCAAUAAAAUUAAGGCAGAGUUGGAAGCUGGUCAUACUAUAAUUUGCGAUCGCUUCUACCAUAGCGGUAUCGUAUACAGCGCUGCUAAAAAUAUCAAGAGCCUAUCGCUGUCUUGGGCCAAGGCGCCCGAGGUCGGCUUGCCUAGACCAGACAUGGUCCUUUUCUUAGAUCUGGAGGAAGAAGUCGCGCGUGAGCGUGGCGGCUGGGGUGGUGAAGUUUAUGAGAAAGGUGAGAUGCAGCGGCGCGUUAGAGAUCUGUUCUGGGGCCUGAGUAUGGGAGAUCUCGGCAGUGCUGUGGGAAACAGCGGUAGCAGUAAGGUUCCGAGGAGAGGUGACGCGGAGAGGCUCGGGAAUGGAACAAGUAGAGGUGGAGAUGGCAGCAGCGAGGAGGGUGAGUUUAGGCAGGAGGAAGAAGAUAUUCAAAUCGUGGACGCGGAUCUUGAUGUCGAGAGUUUGUCUGAGAGGGUAUGGGAACUCGUACUGCCGAGACUAGAAGCAGUGGAACGAGGUGAGGUCGGGAGAACCGUACGUAUCGUACGGUAAAACUGCAUUUGACAUAUUUGACUGGUGUAGUGACGACAUUACAUGAUAUAAUAAAUAAAGCCUC